AUGAGUAAGGAAAGUUCAGUAGAGGUUGAACUCAGUAAAGCGAGGGAAACCAUAGUAUUUCUUCGGUCGAAAUUGCAAAGGAGGGACAGGAAGAUAGCGUUCCUAAGGUCGUUGCUAAAGAAGCAGGAUAAUGAAUUAAGAAAGUAUAAACCAGGAAGAAUCUCACAACUUCCUCCAGAUGAUUAUGAUAGCGAAUUUCCCGAAUCGCACAUAAAACUAGCAGUGGAGGUACUUGAGAAGCUCAAAAGAAACCAGUUACUCGAGAAUUCACUUUCUGCUGAAGAAAACAAAAUUUUAACGAAGUAUUUUGUAUCAGCAGACUCAUUUCACGUGGAAGUGAUGUGGACAGUAUCUGUAUAUCCACAGGAACGAAAGAUCUACCGCUUUCAGGUUGUGAUGCUUAUUGAUAAAGCGAUAAGUUAUGCGCUGGAUGUGAUGGUAAAUCGGACAGAGUUAUGUGACGAACAUAUAGACAAUGAGCUCCGUAAAUUUCUCAUUGACACAGCCAAUGCAAAACUAGUCAUACUGGAUGUGAUGCUUGCACGACCAGAGUUCGUACCUGACAACUGGGGUGGACGUGCUAUUACCAAAAGCAAGAUGGACAAGCCUACGAAAGCCUCCUCAACAUCCAAUUCCAGAUCUAAGUCUCACUCGACAUCGUCAACAUCAACCACAGCGGUAAAGCUUUCUACAUGA